AUGGAGAACUCCAGCCUUUUGGGCGGUGACGCACGGAGCGCUGGUCUGAUAGACUUUCUUUUCUCGGACACUUUGAAGCACGCUGUGGAUUCUCCGGAGGACACCGCCAUGGCUGGAUUAACGGGCAGUGGUGCCAUCUUCCUGGAGAGCAGCGCAUUCAGGACUGCUGCUGGAGCUGAGUUCAUGGCCGCUCCACCGACGGAAUCCUCUCACCUGGUGCCAGCCUUUUGGGAUUCCCCGCUCAGUCACGGAAUCAAUGUGUUCGUGGGACUUGUUCUUUGCUUCACGAUGCUGGGGCUGGGCUGCACGGUGGAGGUGAGCCAGCUAGGAGAACAUAUACGCAGACCCAUCGGGGUGCUGCUGGCUCUGGUGUGUCAGUUUGUGAUCAUGCCUCUGGUGGCCUUCCUGCUGGCUUUAGCCUUCUCCCUGGAUGAUGUGGCGGCGAUGGCUGUGCUCCUGUGUGGCUGCUGCCCGGGAGGAAAUUUGUCAAAUAUCAUGUCUCUGCUGGUGCAUGGAGAGAUGAAUCUAAGCAUCAUCAUGACCAUAUCCUCCACUCUGCUGGCGCUCGUGCUCAUGCCUCUGUGUCUGUGGAUCUACAGCCGAGCCUGGAUCAACACACCCGUGGUUAACCUCAUGCCCUUUGGGGCGAUCAUCCUGACCCUCUGCAGCACCCUUAUCCCUAUUGGUUUAGGAGUGAUGCUGAGGUAUCGCCACUCGCGUGUGGCCGACAUUGUACUGAAGGCGUCUCUGUGGUCUCUGCUCAUCACUCUUGUGCUCCUCUUCAUCCUUACCGGAGCGAUGCUGGGACCUGAGCUCUUAUCCACCAUCCCACCCUCCGUCUACGUCGUGGCCAUCCUGAUGCCUCUGUGUGGCUAUGCUGCAGGUUACGGCCUGGCUGUCCUCUUCGACCUGCCACCAAACAGCCGCAGGGCUGUCUCUCUGGAGACCGGCUGCCAGAACGUGCAGCUGUGCACCGCCAUCCUGAAGCUGGCCUUUCCCCCUCAGCUGAUGGGAGGGAUGUACAUGUUCCCGCUGCUCUACGCUCUGUUCCAAGCGGCCGAGGCGGGCAUCUUCAUCCUGGCCUACAGGAUGUACAGGAAGAACGUCCUGCACAAACCAGACCCCAUGCGGGACAACGAGGACACAGAUAUAACCUAUCAGAGGUUUGAGGACGAGGACUUUGACUCGUCUUAUGGUGCUGUGACAGUGAGCGACCCAAACACCAUCAUGUUGGACCCCUGCCCCCCUGAUCCAACUCCUGUUUAA